CAGAAGGUGAAGUACUUGUAGUACUAAUAUCCGUAGACUCUUCACUUCAUGGUUACUAUCUGUACGUAUUAUACACAAAAUCAAUAUGAAAUAAUGAAUUACAAUUAUUGUAUGACUUGAUAUGGAAAAUGAGGAACAAGAUACUGACACUUUAAGUUACAUUAAUCAUGAUCAACAUAUAAAUAUAUGAAAGUAACUGUAUCUAUCUCAUUGUUAAGUUUUUACCAUUGUUUAUUGUGUUAAAUAACUUUUAUUCUUAAUGACAAUUUAAAAUAGAACAAUGUUAACACAUAUCGGUCAUCGUUAAGUGCAUACAUGUUUCAUUCAAUAUAUUUGUGCAUUUUGUGACAUAAAUCGUGAUGGCAGUUGUAGUAGGAAAAGGAUCCUUCAGAGGUUUUGCAGACAGUACUCGAUCAACAGAUGAGAAGAAAGCAGAAUGGACACCCGAACAACACAUAAGCAACAACCUACAGGCUAUAUCUCGCAAUACACAACAACUGAAGAAAAUGGUUGAUAGCAUUGGAACAUCCAUGGACUCGCGAGAUCUAAGGAGAAAAUUAGGUGUACUACAGUCAGAAACAAAUGAACUAACGAAACAUACAAAUCUAGCGAUAAAGAAGUAUGAGGAUGACCCUUCCUUUGAUGACGCUCAGCUAAAGGAAAGGACAAUUCAACACAGAAGAUUCAAAGAAAGCUUUCACGACAUACUAAAGGAAUACAACGAUCUGCAGAAAAUAAUUCGAGCUAAAGAACGAGAAAGUCUGCGAAAGUCACUUAUGAAAUCAGGAUGUUAUGACAUUGAUAUUGAUGAAAGAGGAGAGUUGAUAAAGGAUGGUGAGCAUAUUCAAGUAGAAGCUAUUCAAGCUGAAAUUGAUUUGGACCUGAUCAAGGAACGGGAACAGGACUUGAAACAAUUAGAGCAAGACAUAUGUGAUAUCAAUGACAUAUUCAAGGACCUUGCUGGUAUGGUUGCAGAACAAGGCGAGAUAAUAGCUGAAGCAGAAGACAACGUAGAUGUAGCUGUAUUAGAGGUAGAAACAGGGCUAGUCGAGCUAGAAAAAGCAGAGAAUAAUGUGCGUUCCUCAAGAAAGAAGACAUUCAUAUUAGCAGCAGUGAUAACAACAAUAGUUUUGAUUAUAAUAACUGUGAUUUUAGCUGUGCAGUUUUCCUAAAGGGAACGAAAUGCAGUUUGCAGUUACUUUAAUUUCAUGAAUUUAGUGGAAUAUACUAAUAAAGUGAUUACUUAAAAUGGA